AUGGCUAGAGAGACGAAUUUAUCGAUAGACACCGCUGCAGCUGCUCGUGGCAUUCAAAAGUCGUCAGCGCACAAGAAAUCUGAGGACGACGUAGUUGAAGAAGGUGAAAUCGAAGAGGAGGACGAUCUCGCGUCAUCGCCUGAUAUCCCAGACGAGAAUAUCGAUUUCGAUCGCGUGUAUGCCCUACAUAAUUUUGCAGCUACAGUGGACGGACAAGCAAGUGUCGAAAAGGACGAACCAUUGACUCUGAUGGAUGACUCUAAUAGUUACUGGUGGCUUGUAAAAGUGUUGAGAACUGAUUCGAUUGGUUAUAUACCGGCCGAUAAUAUUGAGACACCAAAUGAACGGUUAGCAAGAUUAUAUAAACACAAGAAUAUCAAUUUAUCAUCUUCAUUACAUAAUGGAAACUUGCCACCAGCUGGAAUUCCAUUAAAAAAAAACAAUACAGGCGAACCUCACCAAGAUGAAUAUGAAGAGGAAACAGAAAUAGAAAGAAGUGGACGGGCAGGAGGAGGAAAAGAAGAAAUAAUAAAUAAUGAAGCUGUGGAACCGGAGAGAUCAGAAGAAUAUCAUGGACCAAAUGAUGGUACUCGAACAUCUGAAGAUCAUCUAAUAUUUGAUGGACAGCAGCAAAGGAUAAAUCAAAGUUUUGAUGAGUCUCAACAAUUCAAUAAUCAUAACGGAGCGAUUCCUAUUAUAGCGAACAAUAGCCUGUUAGCAAAUCAGUCACCAUCAUCACAGAAUAUAAUCAUGAAUAACAAUAUGAACAUUGUGCAAGAACAUUCUGGCGGGCCAGAUCCAAACCAACCACCAAAAAAAUCCGAUGACAUUGACAUCCGAUUAUUUCAGCAAACAAACGAGACGAAAAAGAUUACGCUUACACCACCACUGCAUAGUGAACGUAGUGAUUUUCUCGAUAUGUCGGAUGACGAUGAUGACGCUGCCGACUCAAAUAGCAAAGCUAGUAAAUUUUUCGGUAUUGGAGAAUCAGAUUCCAAGAAAAAAGUAUCAAUGGACGACAUAAUAAAAGACCUACCACCUGAACAAAAGAGCAAAAAGAAGGAAAAGAAGGAAGGAGGAAUACUUAAGAAAUUAUUCUUUAAGCGUAAAAAUUCUAAGAAAGAAGAAGAAAAUAAAUCGUCAACAUCGAAUACAGCAGUUGCUAUUAAUGUUUCCGUGAAAAAUUCAAUCGAACCUUCACAGCAGCCAUUACAAAAUCAUCAUCGUCCUCCUACUCAACCAUCAUUACAACAACAGCGACAGCAAUCACCACAAAUUAAUAAUCAAUCUACGUACCCACAAGGUCCACAAAUACGUUAUCCUCAACAACCACAACCACAAACACCUUCACCUCAACCACAAUCUCCUACAAAAACAACCCCUCUAUCCCCUCUGACUAGUGUUUUCCGUAUAUUUGCAGGACAAAAUAUUCAAACAAACAUCGAAUCAAAGACAAUUUUAUUAAAUAAUUUGACCACUGCUAGUGAUUUAAUACGUCAAUCAUUGACGCGAUUUAAAUUGGACAAUGAAGAAAAUUGGGAAAAUUAUUAUAUAAGUGUUAGACCUAUACACGGAGAAAUCAUAAAUCUAAUGCCAGAUGAACAUCCCCUUGAAAUCUAUAAUUCAUUUAACACCUCUCCCUUACCGACAAUAAGACGCGCUUCCAAUUCUUCGAUUUCUUCCAACGUAUCAACCGUAUCCAAUCAUCAAACGAUAAAAGCACUCAACAUUAAUGAAUACGUUCAAAGAAGCUCCGUACAAAUCUACCUAAACAAGAAAUUGACACAACGUAAUAGCUAUCCGUCGGGUGAAAAAAGAUUACGCGUGCAUAUAUUGAUAUAUGCAGAUGAUUUACCUCCACAACUCAGAAAAGGAACAUCUGUGCCACGAACUUCAAUGUCCGUGCCAAAGCACUUGGCUGAUAAAGCGGCUAGGAGGCGAUCACAUGGCGAAGAAGGAAAACCAAAAGAAAAGGUUUUGCUUGUGAAUGGAAGAGCAACAGUGAGAGAUGUUAUUGAGAAAGCACUGGAUAAGUUUGGUAUAACUGAAGCUCUUGUAGAUGAUGACGAAGAUAUUGAAGGCGAUUACGAUGGAAAACUUAGAUAUAAGUUGAUGUUAAUAUCAGAAGGCGAAGAAAUAGCGUUAUCGCCUAAUUCUCAAGUAAUCUCAGUCUUCCCAUCAACCCCGAAUUUUCAACAUUCAUCGAUCGAUUCAAUAGAAUCUGCCAGUUCACUCACUGCACCAGAUUAUAACCCUGAUGAGCCAAUAUUUGUCCUUCGACAGAAAUACAUUGAUGAGCAUCAGCGAUAUGCAUUACCAAAUAUUAUCAUCAAGUCUAAAGCAGAGCAAGCAAAAAGUCAUCCAGCGGUUAUUGAUUCGCGUGAAAAUAGUAAUGAUAAUAAUCGUAAUCAUUACUAUCCAAAUGAUCAACCGUCAUUUUCAAAUCCACAUGAGAUCAAUAAUAGUACUACUGUCAAUAGCGGUAGCAUAAUUGAAUUGCCUAGCCAACUCGAAAAGAUUGAAGAAAUUUUGACACGAAAACAAUUAAUUGAACAACAACGUGAAUACAGUCGAGCUAAACAACGUUCAAUUCUUUCAGCGCACAAAAACUCUGAAAAAGGUGUUGAUAUUGUAACGAGCGUCGGAUCAAUCCGUAGUUCACGAAUAUUUGGCUCGAAAGUUCGAUAUUCGUUUAUUCCAAAAGAGGGAGAGCAGUUCGAUAUAAGUGAUAUAAUUGAGGAUAUUUGGGGCGAGAAUCUAGGUGAAGAACAAAAUAGUGAUGGAACACAGUCAAUUCCGAGGUUCAACUUUAUCCCCGCUGAAGAAGAUGAACUCGAAGAGAAUGCUCCGUUAUUUGAGAACGUUUCAGUUGAUUCUUCGAAGCAUAGUAAAAAAGAAAAACGUCUAAGCACGAGAAACACUGAUAUUUUAGAAGUAAUUGUAGAUAGUGCAAAGUCUAAUGAUAAGAUUGUAAAUCAGGUUGUGGAUGACAAAAUUGAGCAAGUUUUACAAAAAGUAACAGCAGGUCAGCAUGCAAAUGGCAAUAUUCCUAGCCCUACUUCAGUUUUGGAUGAUCAAAAACUUGCUGAUUCUAAUUUAAUGUAUCAAGCAUUCGACAAUUUCACAAGAGAACAAUCAUCGUCACAAUUAUCUUUACAAAAUAAUAAUAUACCUUCACAUAUUUCUAAUCCAAAUGACAUCGAAUCCCAUCUUGAUUCUUCGUCAAACUCGACAUCAACCCUACCAACAUCUGAUAAAGGAUUCACUCAAAAUCUCGAUUCCUCGCCUCGUAUGACUCCAACACAACCACAAUCAUCACUUCAUUCACCAUCGAAAAAGUUGCACGGUCGAAAACGAUCACCCUCGAAUGUGUCAAACAACUCUGUAAACAUAACAAAUUCCUCACAAGAUGCACUCCCGCCAAUGAACACUGCAUCAUCUUUAACCGAAAAUGAUUGGAUAUUAUCGGAUGACUUUGGAUUACAGGAAUUACUAAUACUCGUUAGAUCUGGUGUCAGUAUGAUUGAACAGAAAGAACGUCGUCGAAGUGGAUGGCGUUUAUACGAUGACCCGGAAAAAGUUCUCGAACAAAUUAAUCCAGCCGAAUUUCGAGAGGAAAUUAAAUCAGUGUUUGCCAAUGUCAAUAAAGAAUUAGAUGAUAUAGAAAAUCAACUUGAUUUAAUAAUGGAUGAUGCUUUGUGUCUGUUUUAA